GGAUGCUUGGAGGUAGCUGACCCCGUUUGCUGAUGGCGCAGGCAUUUCAGUCGGUGCAGGCGAUAGGUGCCUUAGCUGCAGUCCAAGCCGGUGCGGGCGCACAGUUCGCUGCGGUCACCGCAUCCACCAGACCAGCAGCACCCCGAGUGAGCAUGCGCAUCCAUUCAUCGCUUUACCCCUCGUGGUUGCGAUGUGAUCUCUCCCCCUCUGUAUAUCUGUGUAUGUGCAUCGUGUGUGUCAGCAAGAGGCCAGGUCGGAUGGAGGCAUUUUCGGCGCGUUCGACAUCUUCGGCAUGUGCACGUCGGGUGCAGCGGUCAAGCCGGCGGAGGCAGCAGCGGCCCAGGCCAAGAGGUCGGAGCAGGUGCUGUAUCUGCGGCUGUGCCUGCACUCGGCGACCAACCUUGCGUCAGCUGACGUGGCCAGCCUCUCUGACCCCUACGUGGACGUCAAGUUCCAGAACAAGGAGCACAAGACAAAGGUCAUCGACAACAGCCUCAACCCCGUCUGGGAAGACCUCUGGGAAACGGAAUUCAGGGUGCGUACGGUGGAGGGGCCUAUAUGUGUGUGUGUCGUGUGUGUGUGUGUGUUGGGAUGUUGCUGUGUGUGUUGUGUGGUGCAGGAUGGUUCGUCGAACGAGCUGCUGCUGACGGUGUAUGACAAAGACACACUCAGCGCCAACGACCCACUCGGCAACGUGACCAUCAAAGUGCCGUUCGAGCCCUCCAAAGUCAAAAGGUAACUAACGCGCCGACAAACACCCCCACGCCGCCAGCAGCCAUGCCAUGAUGCGUGGGUGUCGCGUGUGCAGGGAGGUUUUGCAGCUAUCGAACGUGCCAGGCGGUUGGUUCAGCAAGAGACCAGACAGCCGGCUGACGAUCCUGUACCAGGUCACCCCACCACCCACACCAGCUGACAACGACGGAGAUGCAUCGACACGCACGACCGUAUGUUUGAUUUGUGCAGGUGACCGAUUCGCUUCAGAAUCAGCCCGACCUGGUAGCGAUGGCGCAGCGGGCCCGUGACGCCGACGACAUGGAGCCCAAGACGUACAACCUCAGCAUCACCGUCUACAAGGUACCACCACCAACACACACACGAGAAACCAACACCUGAUCUGCAUUGCAUGCACGUGUGUGUCAGAUCCACAUGCUGAAGAAAAAGCCCAACGUGAGUGGGAUGGUCAAGGUGACGCUUGGCAGCGGCCCCAGCGCUGUGACGCACAACUCAACGGCCACAGCCGUCGACGAGAGGUCACGCACCAUACGGAUCGGUAACAGAGUGCAGGUACGCCAGACAUACACACACAGACACAGACACAGGCAAGGGAUGGAGAAGAAUGUGUCUUUCCUGUCUGUUCUGUGUGUAUUGUGCUCUCUGUGUGCUGUGUGUCGGUCAGGGCUGGACUCCCGAGCCGUUUCUGUUGGAGGAUAAGACCAUCGAGGACCUCAUGAUGCUUAGGUAUACACACACACACAUACACACACACACGUGUGCAGCGAGUGCCCCACACACAGAUACUGUUUGUUGCCUGCCCUUGUUCACUCAGGCUGAAGGUUGAAGGGCUCCUAUCGCACACGGCUGCCGAGGUGAGUGACCGAUCAGAUGCACCACCCACACCCAAUCGUUCCUGCCUCCGCGUCUUUCUCUGUGUGUUCACACGUGUCCGCCUUGUGUCCCUGUGUGUGUGCAGAAGCUUGGCGAGCAGGUGAAAGCGUCGGAGCGGGUCGGGGAGGAGAUCAAGAAGGAAAAAGGUGAGAGUGGCGCCGAGAGAGAGGGGCUUUCACACCGUCCGUCCGUCACUUCCGGUGUCUUGGUUUGUUGCAAUGUGCUGUCUGUCAGCUGAGGGCAAGAAGGACAGGCAGCACAAGCGGCACAAGCGGCUGCUCCAGCGCAAGAAGAAACGGGAUGUAGCCGAGGUAAGCACCAGCAGCACAGUCACCACACCCACCCCUCCGCCAUCUGCACCCCUCUCACCCUCCGUCGGUGUGUGUGUUGUUCGUUCAGUUGCCGGUUCAGAGUUUGGGCGUGUGGGAGGAGUCGCUUGACGAGUUCCACGACCACAUCACCGAGACCAAGACCCCCUGGGCCGCUCGGGCACUCCUGCACGACAUCCAACACAACCAACUCACCGGAGAGGUAGGUAACUCACAAUCUCACAAUGCAAGAACAACACAACAGACAACAGAACGCCGCAGGGUCUUACCCUUCCCCUCUCUCUCUCUCUCUGUGCGUGUGUGUGCAGGUGUUUGUGCAGAUCGACAUGUGGAGUCCGGCCGAUGAGGAGAGCCACGAGCCCCUCGACAUGGAGACCAUGGAGGAGAACAAGGAGCUCCGCAAGUCCAAGGGCUCCCACGCCGGCCUGGGCCGCGGCGCCCCCACCACCUACUACCUCUACGCCUACGCCGACUUCCUGCCCACCGUGGACGAGCCCAUCUUCGGCUUCGGCCGUCGGAUGGACAAGCACACGGCGUGCGACCCGUUCGUGCGGCUGACAGUGGCUGGCGGGGGUGCCAAGCCGCAGCGAGUGACGUCAGCCACUGUGAGUGACCGGCAGCGGGAGGUCAUGUGGGACGUCAUGACCUUCACACUGCCCGCCAACGCGUAAGUGCGAGGGGAUGGGACAUACAGGAUGACGGAGAGGGGAGGGGGGGGACACUUUCUGUCUGUGUGUACUUGUGUGUGUCUGUGUCUGUGUGAGGUGUGCAGGAAGCGGACUCGUUUGCUGGUGGAGUUGUAUGACAACGAUUCGGUGUCGCUCAUCUCACUCGAAGAGCUCAUCGGACAGGCACACACACACACAAAGACACACACACGCACGCACGCUGACUCACAGAGCUGACCCAUUUGUGUGUGUCUGUGGGUCGCUGUGUGCUUUCCGUGUUUGUUCAUUCAUUCAGGUUCAGCUGUUCAACUUGCCCCUGAAUCGCCGGCAGUGGUAUCACCUCUACGGAGGGGGCCUCCGGGCGCCCAGAGACGACUACGCACUUGCAAUGAUCAAGGCAGGCACCCAUCACACGCACACGAGCCACUCCAUGGUGCUUUCUCUGUCUCUGUGUGUGUGUGUGUGUGUGUCUGCAGGGGGGUGUGCAGCCGGCGAGUACGUACCGCGGGUCACUGUGUCUGUCGAUCGAUCAGAAGCGCGUGCCCAACAAGAAGGGCUGGCCGCCCCUCGUCACCCUGGCAGCACACCCACUUCGCCUCAGAGUGCGACUCUACAGAGGCCUCUACCUCUUCGACAUGAGGUCACCAACCAACUCACCACUUCCCCAUCUCCAUCCUGAACCCCACACACACUUCUUCUUGUGUCGUGUGUGUCUGUUUGUCUGUCUGUCUGACAGGGGCACGGAUCUCGGCGACACCGAGGUGACGGUGCUGAUCCAGGUGGCGGGUUGUGAGCUGCACCCGACCAAUCCCUGGGGCGAGCCGAUCGACGAGGACCCGCGGAAGGUCAAGGAGGGUGACAAGGGGGCCGUGGUGCGGCAGGUCAUCCCGGACAAGAUGCUCAAGCAGCUGCCCGAGGGCAACCCAGAUAUCCUCGCAUUCCCGGGCAAAGUCGACCAAGACGUGAGACCACGCCCACGCCCACGCGAACACACAUACACAAUGUGUCGAGUGGUGUUGUGUUUUGUGUGUGUGUGUGUGUGUGUGUGGACUUCUCUGUCAGGGUGUGUUGCGUCUGUAUCCGUGGAACCGGACGGCCAAGCAGAUGGAGCGUGACAAGAAGAACAAACGCGUCGACAAAACGGCCCUGGGGGUCGACACGGUCAGUGUGCCGCGUCUGGCGGUGUCUGUCAGGGAGGGAGGGAGGCAACCGACUUAUGUGUGCGUGUGUGUUGUGUGUGUGUAUGUUGUGUGUGUGCAGGAGCAGCCGACGGCAUGGGUGGAGCGCACCACUCCUGUGCUGCGGGUACUGCCCGACGUGAAAUAUGCAUACGUCUACAUCCAGGUCACUAAAAAUCACCAUCAUUGUCUGGCGCAACUCGAGGAGCAUUCGUGUGUGUGUGUGCCUUCCUUCCGUCCCCCUGUGUGUCAUGUGCUGUGUGUGAUGUGGUGCAGGAGAAGGGCCAGGAGGGGAAGCUCCCUCGCAUUUUCGGACGGUAGGUACCAUCUUCCUACAGAUAGAUGGGGGCGAUCAAUCAUUCCAUCAGGUUGGAGUUGAUCGACGCCCCGACGCGCAACCGCGACGAGGAGGGGCCCGAUGGCGGCGAACAGGCGUCACCACAGGCCACCAAGCCCGGCGAACGGAGAAGGCCAAACCCAGACUGGGUCAAGGUACGCACACACGCCCCGCACAUCCAUCCACUCACCAAACGAGAGCCAUCCAUCCAACCACUCUCCCUCCCUCCCUCCCUCCCUCCCCCUCCCUCUCAGCUCCACUUCGACCAGUCUGUGGUCCGUCUGCCCGAGGCCCGGUACCCAUCUGACUUCGCGGGCUGCCUGCUGGGGUCGGCCCAGUUCAUCCCGCCCCCCUUUGUGCCCAAGAAGCGCACCACCACAUCGACCGUGCCAUCAGAGGCCGGCGCCGGCGGGCAGAAGGAGACGCGCAUCGACAUGCCCUUCGGCGAAACCCAGCCCCCCUCGUCGCCGUCGGAGGGCGGCGACCCAUGGGACCUGGAGGAAAAGAUGAUUGAGUAAGAGACAGAGAGAGAGAGAGAGAGAGAUGUCGGCAUCUUGUGUGUGCCUUUAUUUAUGUGGAUGUCAGUGACCCUAGGAUGGCUCCGAAGAUAGAGGAGACGGCGUACGUGCCCACCCUGACGCACACAGUGGGGCUGUGCCAGUGCAGACCCCAGGUGGUCCGCGACGGCUCGCCAGGCGCCACCGUCGAGUUCGAGCUGGAGCCGCCACGACCCAAGCGCGAGGGCACAGAGGGAGAGGCGUUGGCGAAGGAGCCGUCUCCGUUCUUCCCGCCGCUGUACCUGCACGUGGACGUGCUGCAAGCGCGGAACCUGCCGUCGCAGGAUGAGGACGGGCUUGUCGACCCUCUCUGGGAGAUCUGCGUCGAGGACAAGGUGGGGUGGUGGGCUGGUGGGUGCAGAGAAGAGCGAGGUCGUGUGUGGAUUGGGUGUGCUGUCUUGUGUUGUCUUGUGUUGUGUUGGGUGUGACAAUGGACAGCGUGUGUGUCCUGCUCGUGGGUUCGUGCCCAAGUCGCUGAACCCCUCGUACCUGCAGCGGGUGGUGAUUCCCCUACCAGAGAUCUACUGCCCGCCACCCACUGGCCCGUGAGCACCAGCAAGACCAGCACCAUGGGGCACACACAUGACAUGUGGCGGGCAUGUGUGUGAAAUGGUGCAGGCGCUCACCCGGCUCGUUGGGACCACCCGAUUCGUUGGAGCGGUACGACGCUGUUGCGGAUGAGAAGGAGCGGAUGGAGAUCCCCCCGCCGCCCGUGCUGGUGAGGAUGUUCGACAUCGAUGAGGGCAAAGUCCCGGGCGCCGCUGUGGUGAACAAACAAACAAACCGACACACAUUCAUUCAAUCAGGCCACCCACCCGAGCACACUGACUGUCCCCGCCUGUGUGUGUUGGGUCGGUCGGUGGUCGUGCGCCGGGGUGCGAUGCAGUAUGAGGAGAUGGGUCAGAUCGUCGAGUGGCAGCCCUCCAACCUCGACUUCCUCAACACCUCGAAGCAUGUACGCACCCACACACCCACACACACAUACACAGACUGCCCAGGACCACCCAAUUGUGUGUGUGUGUGUGUGUCUGUGUGUGUGUGGUGUCCUUGUAGCGUCCGCUGGAUGUCAACGCGGUCCACGUCCCCCGCUGGUACGACCUGGCCCACGAGGACCAAGUCGACUAUGCAGAGCUGGACAGACCCAACAAGUCAGCAUAGCAGGCAGGCAGGCAGAUCACUUCAACACAUACACUGCUGUUUAUGCAGGCGGGCAAAGCACGCGAUGUGGCAGCGCAAGGUCAAGCUCCUGGCAGCCAUCGGCUACUCGCGGCAGUGCCCACCCGCACUCCUCUACCACCUCACACACGCUGAAGUCAAGGAGAAGCCGCCGAAAGGUCAGCCCCCUCUCCCUCUCUGCCAUGUCUGUGCUGGAUGGAUGGGUGGGUGGGUGGAUGGGUCGUCAGAUUUGCGCAACGGUCGUGUGUUGAACCAGAAGGCCAAGUGGAAGGUGCCCGUGAAGGACACCGAGGCCACAUGGGUGGAGUUCGUGCAGCGCGGCCUGGCGGGAGAGGAGCCGGUGGACGACUGCCUCAUCACACGCAUCACCAGAGAGCUCGCAGGUGCGCACACACAACCAAUCCAUUGCAUAUGGUUGGUGCGAUCGGUCCACCCACACACAGGUCAGGAGGAGGUGUUUGUGUUCGACUUCGACUUGCUGGGUCUCCGGCGGCUGGACGAAUUCUCCCGCACGGCCGACUACAAGCUCUUCGUCGACUCCUUCUGGCCCACACCGCCACGCGUCGAACUGUCGGUGAGACGCCAAAGCCAACCAGAGCCUUCUUCUUGGCAUCCAUCCAUCCAUCGUGUGUGUGUGUGUGUCAGAUCUCAGGGUCUGAUUUGCCGUGUCCGAACCUGACGUAUGCCGCCAAGGCGAGGGGCAUGUUCGAGGCCCUGGCCUCGGGGUUCUUCACGCAGGCGUCGGGGGCAGACGCCAGCCAGAGACGCAAGAUUUCCAGAAAGGACACUGAGGAGGGUAGGUGCGCACACAGGCAGACACACAGGCAGGCAGGCAGGCAGGCAGGGAUGUCUAGCUGGGGAUUUGGGAUUGGUUGCUGUCUGUGUGUGUGUAGAGGCUGUCGGCGUCCGCAUCACAUCUCCCCACUACGCCACGCCCAUGCUCGAGUACCUGCAGGUAACCAACAGCUGCCAACACAGCCACAGACAAUGAACCUACGCAACCCCCUCCUCUCUCCCCCUCCGCCUCCUUUCGUCCCCAUACAGAUUGAGCCCGAGGCCACAAUGACCGGCGUGACCAACAACGCCGCCAACAAUGUCGUCAACAAUCACGGCGUCCCGGACACCGCCCGCGACAGCAUCGGCAGCGGCAGUGGCGGCGCCGACACCUCCCGCGACACAUCCCGCUACCAGACGCGCGUCAUCAUGCCCGACCUGACCUUCCGCCUAGAAGGCCAGAAGCAGGCCACCCUGUCGGUGUCGCUGCAGGACUACAAGCACGUUGUGCAGUCGGGGACGCCAGAGAAGGAAGACGAGGACGACCUGCUGGUGCUGACACGUGAAGUGCAGGAGGUGGAUACCGCCGCACGGGCGCAGGGGGGCCUGGGGGUGGGGGGCAAGGCAGUCGCCAGACCGGUCCCCUUGACGGCAGAAAUAAAAGAGGUGGGGAGGGAGGGAGGGAGGAGAGAGAGAGAGUGGAAUGGCUGUGUGUGCGUGUAUACAGGCGUUUGACAAGAAGGCGAAGCCCAUGGAGCAUCUGGUCGCGAUGAACGCGCCGAUUGUCGAGGUCACUGUGGACAUCUACGCCGGUCGGUGUGACCACCAGCACUCUUCUGAAGAGUGAAUGAAUGAGUAUUAUUGCUGGUCGGUCCCGUGUGUGUGUGUGUUGUGUUGGUCAGAGGCCGAUGGCGAGCUGAUAUUUGACGAGGACGUCAAGGUGGGUCGGUUCAUCCUCGACCACGACCUCUUCACCAUCGGCCCCUCGGAGAUGCAGACCAUGAAAGGCAUCACCACCAAAACGGUCAGGGCGUGGCCUGGAUGACACGCCCACCGAGAGAGAGAGGGAAGGACUGUGUGCUGGCUGCCUGGCCUCUGCAGGACCAGAAGUUCAACCAAGACGACCUUCUCGUCAACGCACCUCCCGAGGAAAGGGCCAGGGCAUUCACCAACCCACUCCUCAUGGUAAUAGCUAGCAACAACCCACACACAACACAAGGCACACGCGAAACAUUCCUCCCUCCCUGUCUGUCUGUGCCAUUCUGUCCGCCCGUCCCAGGUGGACCUCAACGACAGAGGCUGGACGAGCGAAGAUUACGAGAAGCGCAAGCCCUUCGCCCCCCUGACCAUGAUGGCCGGACCCACCGCCCUCCUCGACCAGAAGACCACCAGACGCCCAUCACCACCACAAGGGGGCGAUCAGCAGACCGCUGCUGCUGCUGCCGCCAAAGCCAAGGCGGCUCCCAAGGCGGCCCCAGCACCGGCCUCCGGGACUGGUCCGCAGCAGUCGUCCCCGGCGGAUCUGUCGAGCCAGAUGGCGGCCCUAUUCGACACCGACAAGGCCAUCAAGGAGAACAUGCGGACCUUCCUGCGGCCGGUGGGGCACAAGGUCGACCUCAACGACAACAAAGGGUCAGCCAGUGAGUGGGUGGGUGGGUGGGUGGAUGGGCACAAGAACCAGACCGAAUGACGCGUUGGCCCUUUCUUUCUCGUCUCUCUCUCUGUUCUUCGGCCGGUCUGCUAGGUCUCACGUGUUGGCGCGUCUGCGGAUGUACAGCGUCGACAAGGCCGACACGACCAAGGGGUCGGCCAGGUCGGUGGCCCCAGUCACCUCGGCCCAGUUCGAGCCAUUCGAGGGCAUCGACUUCGAGCCGACCAUGAACAUAGUGGAGAUCAAGUCGCAGAUUGACGGGGAGGUCGUGUGGCGCACCAAGAAGCACCAGUACAAAGACGCGGGGGAGCUGCUGCUCAUCCUCAAGGCAGAGGACGGCUACUACCGAAUCGACGUGCCGACAUUCGACAUUCGGUCGGUCCAGAGAGGCGAAAUGAGGGAGAGAGAGAGAGAGAGAGAGGCCCAUGCAUCGCCUCUCUGUGUGCGUCUGUGUGUGUGGGUGUGGCAGUUUCCCGUACGAGACGGGCUUUUGGGUGUACGAGACCACCACACAGAAGUUCGAUGACCUGGAACGGGAGUACGCACAGACAGACAGACCUGCACACAACAGAGCAGUGUCGAUGGUCAUGUGAGCCAUGUGUGUCGUGUGUGGUGUGCGGUGUGCGGUGUGUGUCAGGGUUGAGCGUGAAGACAUCCGGAAGCAAAUCGCGAACCUCAAGAAGGGCAACAGGAAGAAACCCAAACACAAGCGAAGGGUUGGCAUGCAAGAGAGAGACAGAGAGAGAGUGGGAGCCUUGUGUGUCAUGCAUGCGAUGCGGUGUGCAUGUCAGGAGCACAAGGAAAAGAUCAAGGAGCUGAACCUGUCGCUCAAAGCCACAGAAAAAACCGAGCAAGAAUCGGUAACUAACUAACGGCUCCACACCACACACACCUACAUCAGCAAGUGCAGAGGGGUGUGUGUGUGUGUGUAGAAGGACCAGCCAUUGGGUCGUCUCCCGAAGCACCACACGCUUGACGCCUUUGGCAUCACGGCGACCGACAUGAAGACGCUCGGCUACAAGUACCCCCUCCCCAUCAGCAGGGGCGAGUUCGUCCUCAGACUCAAGAAGCGAAAGGCCAUCGUAGCUGACAGGUCAGCCAGGCGACCCACACAGAGCCCAACAUAUAUGUGUGUGUGUAUGGGUGUGUGUAGGGACCAAGUUGACGAGAGCGACAACACGCUGUUUUCGACGCUCAACCUGAAGCCCGUGUGCAACCUGGUGGAGCCGCUCGUCACCGGCGAGACUCUCAAACCCGUCGGACUCCUCAAGGUAGCCAGAUCAUUGAAACGGCUGGCAACCGAGCGAAGCGGCGGAUGCGUGUGUGUGUGUGUGUGUGUGUGAGCAGGGGCAUGUGUCGAUCAAGCAUCUCGAUAGCCGCAAGAAGGGCGAGAAGACCGAGGUCGCGAAGCCGCCGCCGCCGGCCGAGGGCAAGAAGGUGCAGGUGCAGCUGCCGCCCGCGGCCGCCGAGGACAAGAAGGUGCAUGAGUGGGAGAUGACGCCCGCCCGUCAGAUGAACUGUAAAGAGGUCAGUUGGUCACUUACACACGCAGACACACACACAGACGCUCCCCUGUGUUGUGUGUGUGAUGUCAGGAGCGUGUGAUGGUUCACGUGUACGUGUUGACGGCUCGCGACCUGAAGAACGUCGACAUCAUCGGCAAGUCGGAUCCCUUCCUCGAGAUCUCACUGGCCGGCAAGAAGGAGACAUCCAAGAAAGUCUUCAACGAGUCAGCACAGACACGCAUUAGCUUAGACACCGGAGCACGGCUGCCUGUAUCUGCUUGUGUGCAGGGAUUUGGACCCCGAUUUCUAUGAGCACUUCACGCUCAUGGCGACCGUACCUGGCGACUCGCUGCUCACCAUCGCUGUCAAAGAGAAACACACAGAGAGAGAGCUUUGGUCGUCCAUCUCCCCACACUCGUGUGUGUGUGUGUGUGUGUGCAGGUGAUGGACCAGGGCAGCGUGUCCAACACCUUGAUGGGCAAGGUCAACAUCGACCUAGAGGACAGGUAGGUGCACACCCAUUCCAUCCUCUGCCGCACACACCCCAUCCCUUGUCUGUUGUCUGGUCUGCACGUCUCUCUCUUUCUGUGUGCAGAUGGCUGGCACUGCAGCGGCGCAAGCCCACUCAAGAGGAGAAGGACAAGUGAGCAAACACACAUUCCCCCUCCCCUCCCCCCCAACACACACGCACCCUCCCUGCUGUCUCUCUCUCUCUCUCUCUCUCUCUCUCUCAGCACAUUAGAAGUAGAGAUCAAGGAGGACGGCUCCUCGCCCACCUUCGGGCCCAGCAGCUCCGGCUCGCCAUCGCCACUCGUCCGGGGCAGCAGGGGCACCAGUCAAAAGCUCUCCAUUCCGGGCGGCAGCCGUGCCGCCAGUGCUUCUGCUGCGGCCGCUGCUGCCGUGGCGGUCAAGAAGGAGACCUUCCUGCCGCCGCGCAAGAACAGCCCAAUCGAGAUCAUGCCGCUGCGCAUGGGCGACGGCGGCGAUGGCCUCACCACGGGCAAUCUCAGAUACUUCAUAGACCUGGUGGGUUUGGUUGGGGUGGGUGGUGGCGGGCGCAGACAGGGAGGGGCGGUGGUUUGUUUGUGCGGUCGGUGUCAGGUGCGCGAGGCCGACCCUUACAAGGAGGUGGGUCUGGCGGAGUUGAGUUUCUCCAUCGAGUUUGAGCUGCGCGUCAUCGUCUGGAAUGUCACGGACAUAUCCGUCUUCAAAGACAUCGGUCGGCACACCACACCACACCACACCCACUCACACCGCUCUCACUGUUUGGUUGCUUGACUUACAGGAGGUCGGAACGACGUCAUGAUAGAGAUCACCUUGUCGGUUUGGAACUUCUUCGGCGAGGUCACCGAGACGACCCUGCAGACGGACGUGCACAAGUUCGCCCGCGAGAGGGCCAACUUCAACUGGCGCAUGAAAUUCCCAAUCAAGCUGCCCGCCGCUGCUGUCGAUAUGAAGGUGCGGAUGCGCGUGUGUGUGGCCCUUGUGUGUCUGUGUCCCUUGUGUGUUGGGUGGUGGGUGUCCUGACGUGUGUGUGUCUGUGUGUGGAUGGGUUCGUUAGUGUCGGAUUGUGGACUGCGACACGCUCUCUGGCGACGAUGUCAUCUACGACGAUGAGACCAUUCCGCUCGACGACCUCUGCAGGUACUCUUGCACACGACCGUCCCUCUCUCUGUGUGUGUGGGUUGAUGGAUGGAUGGAUGAGUGGAUGAGUGGAUGAGUGGUGCAGGUACUCGCUGAAGCAGAAGAUGGAGCACAGGCCGCUCCUGCCCCCCCUGCAGUACCCCGUCAUCUUCGACUCGCCCAGACAAGACGACUUGUAAGCAACCCGCCCAUCCACCAACCCAUCAGCCCGAACACGUGUCCAUGUGCGUGCGUGUGUGUGUGUGUGUGUGUGUGCAGUUUGGGGAGUCUGUGCGGGUCCUGUUGUCCGACCCUCCGGUGGGGCAGCCUCUGCUGCCGACCCCCGCCUGACGAGGACGACGAUGACGCCCCACGACGGGGCUGCUGCGGACGCCGGAGGGACAUGUACGCGAGCAACUGCACACACACACAUACACACACACCCAUGUCUGCGCAGCUUGAUCACGCCCGCCAAGUUGUCGAUGCGUCUGGAGAUGGUGCCGAUGGACGUGGCCAAGGCCGAGCCAGUGGGGACGGGCCGCAGCGAGCCCAACGUCAACCCGUUCCUGGGCGAGCCGCAGGACAGAGUCGAGUGGUCCCUCUGCCUAUCGGUCAGCCACACAGGCGGGGCGGGGCUGGUUCAGUCACUGGUGCACAGUGCGAUCGAUGAUGCGUGUGUGUCCGUGUGUGUGUGUGUGUGUGUGCGUCUUCAGAAUCCCUGCAAGUUCCUGGAGAUUCUGAUUGGCAAGGACAUGUACCGGUGCCUCACCUAUGGCAGCUGCUGCCUGUGCAUCCUGCUGGUGGUGGCCCUCGUCCUCUUCCUCAUCUUCAUGGCCGUCCAGACCACAGUAGUGCCGUUCAAAUAAAUGAACAAACAGAUAGAUAGACGUAGAUAGACAGACGUAGAGACGGCCGGCAGCUGGCUGAGAGAGGGGUGAGAGAGGAGCGG